AUGGCGCAUAAAGGUGAACGAUUUGUGGGAAAAGUGGCUGUUUUAACAGCAUCAAGUGAUGGGAUUGGAUUAGCCAUUGCUAGAAGGCUGGGUUUGGAGAAAGCUAAAGUGGUUUUGGGUUCUAGAAAUAUAACUAAAGUCCGAAAUGCCGUGGAACUACUUAGAAAGGAAGGAAUUGAUGCAAUUGGUGUUCAGUGUCAUGUUGCAAAUGCAGAAGAAAGGAAAAAUCUCCUUGAAGAAGCUGUAAAACAUUACGGAGGAAUUGAUAUCCUUGUAUCCUGUGCUGGCACUAACCCCAAUCUAGGAUUUUUAACUGAAAUGUCCGAAGCGGCCUUCAGCAAGAUUUUCGAUACAAAUGUGGAACAAACACCGGAAUAUGAGCAUGAGCUCAAAUAUGAUAUGCCGAUGAAGAGAAAGGGCCGCCCGGAAGAAGUUGCAGGACCAGCAGCAUUUCUUCUCUCAGACGAUGCGAGUUUCAUUACGGGAGAAACGUUGUUAGUAACUGGUGGAAUGCAAAGUAGAAUUUAA